CUAUUUCUAGCACCGCCGGAGCCGGACACUUCACAGUUCACACUUCUCAUCUCCCAUCCCAUCGGCUCUGCUUGCCAGUUCCGCGGUGAGAGCCCACCACUUCUGCGUCUCAAGGGGCAGAGGUUGUACGGAUCGCUCUGGCCUUCGCCGCCGGUUGGCUCAUCAACCACCGCGCGGGCACGGGCGCACGACGCAGGUGCCAUUCCGGUCUCCGGCUCUCUCCUCCGGAAGCGCUCUCUCCCAGAACAGAACGCCUACCUAGUUACCUACUCUCUCGGCAACGUUUCCAAAAGUUCGUUGAGGCAUCAAAGAAUUGCCUGCCUGCGCCGUGCGACGGCGCGGCCGGGAUGGGCAAGAUGAGCUGCUUCUCCGGUCUGCUCAGCUGCAAGAAGAAGGCAUUGGAGGGUAAGAACAAGGGCGCUUACGCCAAGAAGGCUAGCGGCAAUGAUUGCCCCAAGGUGAAGCCGGUGGAAUUCAUGGACAUGGUGGUGGCGGACGCUGUUGUCGACGACGUCAGCAGGUGCCGAGACAGCGUUCCAGCGUCUGCAUGCAGCAGUAGGCUUGUCGCUCACGCAGCCGCCGAGCUGGCACGCCAUGCCACUGGCGAGAACGGCGACAAGGCCGCAGCUAAGAGGGACUCGUCCUCCGCCGCUGGCUCCUCCUCCUCCGGUUACAGCAGCGACGGAACAGGCGACGAUGCCAAGAGCGCCGAGCCGGACGACGGCGAACCCUGCAGCCUCGGCCGCAUGUCGCCGACGGCGGCAUCGCCAAAGCUGAUGCGCUCCUGCUCCAACAUCGAGACGACGAGAUCUGUCCUGACAGGGUCCGACCUGCCGGCGAAGUCACGCUCCUACGACGACCUGAAGACGCUGCCCUCCCACGGAAGCUCGAGCGCCCGCAGCGGCGGCGCGGUGCGCGCGAGCCCGACGCCGGCGUCCUCCAGGACCUCGUGCUCCGCUGACCGCGUCAUGCUGAAGAAGCGGUCGUCGAGGCAGGUGCUCCCGUCGCGGAGCCGGAAGCUGUGGUGGCAGCUGUUCCUCUGGAGCCACCGCAACGUGCACCGUCGUCGGGGCGCGAGCGCGCCCACGCCCACGACGCUGCUGUGGCCAUCGCCGGGGAGAGAAGGCGGCGGCGCCGCGCACCGGCGCGACGGGUACGCGUCCGACACGCUGGGCACGGCCACUGCGGACGACGCCAAGGAGAAGGGCGUCGCCGUGGAGGAGGAGGGCCCCCGCGUCCCGACCCAGUGGGUGGCGUUCUCCGCCGAGGCCUCGCCGCUGGACCGGGUCAGCGCGUGGGUGAACAGCCUCGGGAACGGCUCGUUCCACGCCGUCGACGAGGACGGUGGCGCCACGGGGCACGGCGGCGACGGCGCCUCGCGCCUGCGCCCGCGACCGCGUCGCUCUGAGAUUGUGGAGCUGCCAACGUCGGCGGCCGGCGGCAGGAGGCAUCCGCAGCCGCAGGCGAGGCGGCGCGCGGCGGCGGCGGCGGCCGAGGCUGGCCAGGCGAGCGGCAUCAUCGUGCAGACGCUCAACACCUUCUCCUCCGUCGCGCACAUCGCCGGCAUGGGGCUCCAGGCCGUCCCGGCGAUCGCGGCCUUCUCGACCCUCCGGGCCGUCAAUCUGUCUGGAAACGUGAUCGUUCGAAUCACCGCUGGAUCGUUGCCUAAGGGCCUGCACUCGCUGGACCUGUCGAGGAACAAGAUCGCAAUCAUCGAGGGGCUGCGGGACCUGACGAGGCUGCGGGUGCUCAACCUCAGCUACAACCGGAUCUCACGGAUCGGGCACGGCCUGUCCAGCUGCACGGCGAUCAGGGAGCUGUACCUGGCCGGGAACAAGAUCGGCGACGUGGAGGGGCUGCACCGCCUGCUCAAGCUGGCCGUCCUGGACGUGAGCUUCAACAAGAUCGGCACGGCCAAGUCCCUGGGCCAGCUCGUGGCCAACUACGGCUCGCUGCGGGCGAUCAACCUGCUGGGCAACCCGGUGCAGGCCAACGCCGGCGACGACACGCUGCGCAGGGCCGUGUCGGGCCUGCUCCCGCGGAUCGAGUACCUCAACAAGCAGGCCGUCAAGCCGCAGCGCGCGCGGGAGGUGGCCAAGGACAGCGUCGCGCAGGCGGCGCUCGGGAACGCCGCCGGCGCCAACUCGCGCAGGCGGCCGGCGCGGCGCCUCGGCCAGAGCCCCGCCGGGUCGUCGGCCGCCAAGGGCCGCAGGGGCAGCAGGGGCAGGUCUGUCACCAGGCCCCAGAGCUCCAGCUUGCCAUUGCCAAGGAGAUGAUGAGGCGAGCGAAACGUGACGUUUCGGCCUGAAGAAGAAAAACCCCAUGCGCUUACAUUGCAUGAAAGGAAAGCCCUCACGAUGCCCAGCCCAGCCCAGCUAAUACCCACGAUUGGUCAUGUCAUUUGUAGUUGUAGAUUGCAGCCUAGUGGAGUAGUGGGCCUGCAGUCCGCAGCUAUGGGUAAUAAUAAUAAUACGGAGGUGACAAGAUCCACUGCAAGCAGAGAAGUUUGAGUGGCGAGCGAUUGUCUGAAUCCAAUGAAAAAUAACUUAUAAUAUUACCUUCGUUGACACCGUUGAAUUUU